UAACACAAUGCAUCAUUGGCUGAUGCAGUAGACGCCUUUUUGACACUUCUGCUACUAAAAAAAAAAAAUUACAAGUGGAGGAAAAUAUUGUAAAUCUUCACGGAAAAUCAUCGAAAAAAUCAAUUUUUAUCCUCUUUCGGCAAAUAAAAAACAUUCGGGGUGGAAUCUGUGCAACAAUUUGCGGCGUAUGUGAACAAUUGCGGCCGGAGAAUCAUGAGUAAGAUGACGAAAAAUAAAUUCGGACUCGUCCUCCCACAAACAACAGCUUCUGUGCCCCCGCAGCCGCAGUCUACACCACCAAUUCGUACGCCCUCGAGCUCCGACCCCUUCUCGCCGAACCCCUCCAAUAUGAACCGACAAAUGUUCGGGAAGCAAAAGACCAGCAUAGAGGCACUCACGGAGACUCUGGAGGAGCUGGAGAUGGACGACACAGCGCGGAAGCGGAUAAAGGUGUUCCUGAGUCAAAAGGAGAAAAUUGGGGAGCUCAGCGAUGAGGAUUUGGAGAAGUUGGGUGAAUUGGGGUCUGGGAAUGGGGGUGUGGUCAUGAAGGUGCGUCACAUUCCCACCCAACUCAUUAUGGCACGCAAACUCAUCCAUCUGGAGGUGAAGCCCGCCAUCAAGAAGCAAAUCAUUCGUGAACUGAAGGUUCUGCACGAGUGCAACUUCCCCCACAUUGUGGGCUUCUACGGGGCCUUCACGAAUGACGGGGAGAUCAGCAUUUGCAUGGAGUACAUGGAUGGGGGUUCAUUGGACUUAAUUCUCAAGCGUGCCGGACGCAUUCCCGAAGCUAUUCUCGCCAAAAUCACCUGCGCCGUACUCAAGGGCCUAAGCUACCUCCGGGACAAACAUGCCAUCAUGCAUCGUGACGUCAAGCCCAGCAACAUCCUCGUCAACAGCAGCGGGGAGAUAAAAAUUUGUGAUUUUGGCGUUUCCGGACAACUCAUUGACUCCAUGGCGAAUUCCUUUGUUGGCACCCGAAGCUACAUGUCCCCCGAGCGGCUACAAGGCACUCACUACUCCGUUCAAUCGGACAUCUGGUCACUGGGGCUGUCCCUGGUGGAGAUGGCCAUCGGGAUGUAUCCCAUCCCACCGCCGGAUGGUAAAAUGCUCGAGGCGAUCUUCAGUGAGAACGGGGAGGAUAGUAGUUCAUCCAUUAUUGAGCCUAAACCAAUGGCGAUCUUUGAACUUCUCGACUACAUUGUCAAUGAGCCACCCCCAAAGUUGGAGCACAAAAUCUUCUCGGAGGAAUUCAAAGACUUUGUCGACAAGUGCUUGAAGAAGAAUCCCGAUGAAAGGGCUGAUCUCAAGACUCUCAUGAAUCAUCCGUGGAUCAAGAAUGAGCGUGAAGAUGUCGAUAUAGCUGGUUGGGUGUGCAAAACAAUGGAUCUACCUCCUUCUACGCCCAAACGGAACACCACACCAAACUGAAUCAAUUGCAGCGGAAUUAUUACAUAUAGAAGAAACCCCAAAUUAUUAUUAUUAUUGUGAGUGUUUUAUCGAGAAUUCUAUUGAUGUCCAAGAAAAGAUUUUAAAAUUGGCCAUAUGGCUCCCAUUCAGCUGUGUGCAGCAGAUUGUCUUCUAAAUGUACAUAAAGAUAGUGAAAUUCUUAUCAAAAAAAUAAUCUUCAGAGUCACACAAAGUGAUUGUUAGAUGUGAGAAUAUUCUUUAGGCAGGAGAUUAAAGGAAAAACAUUCCCUCACUACAUUUUUUUUCCAUUAAAAGAAAAGGAAUGAUUUUCA